AUGGUUGCUUUAACAUCAGUUUGGCGAGUCCUAUGGCUGGCUGGUUUUACUUCCGCCAUGCAACAUUGCUUCAUCACCGAAUCCGAUCAUAAUAUUGACAUAAAGCCUUUACCCAGAGAUCCAACGCUGAGUCCCAACGCAACUGAGGUUUUGAGAGUUGGCAAGUCUGGUGCGAUAAGCUCAGACUCAGAGACCUGUAAUCGCUUGGCAAUCGAGCGUGUCCUGCAAAAAUAUGAGCACGCCAACGCUGCUGAUGCUGCAGUGACUGUUGCACUCUGUCUUGGAAUGACGAAUUUCUUCUCUAGCGGAGCUGGUGGUGGAGGGUAUGCUGUUUUCGUAGGUGGAAACAAAAAUGAGCCGGAAAAGGACUUGAGCCCGCUGUUUUUAGAUUUUCGAGAGCAAGCUCCACAACUAGCUCACAAAAACAUGUUUGCACAGAAUCCGAAUGCCUCGCAGGUCGGAGGCCUGGCAGUUGCAGUUCCUGGUGAAUUGCAAGGAUUGUACGAGCUCUAUGUGCAGCGUGGUAGUGGCAACGUCAAAUGGAAAGAUUUGAUUGAGCCAGUUGUUGAAAUUGGUUUUCAAGGCUGGCCCGUCAAUGAAAUUUUGGGAGCGGUCCUGGAGAUGUACGAACCCUACUUUUUAGACCAUAGCAAAGACUGGAGCUUUGUUUUGAACCCGGCAAAAAACCGGACGUUACGGUUUGGUGAGACCAUGAAAAGAACAGCGUACGCUCGAACUUUGCAAGAAUUAGCGAAUAAUGGGUCUGCUGCUCCGUUUUACGACUCCAGUCACCCAAUUGCAAAAUCGGUCGUUGCAAAGGUUCAAGAGAGCAGGGGAAUCCUCACGGCUCAGGAUUUGGAAAACUACUAUGUCAAUGUAUCGAGGCCCUUGUCCACAAAAGUUCGUGCUGGAUGGUCUAACAUACCGAACAAUAACCUUGAAGUCUUCACAAGUAGCGGUUCGAGUUCUGGCGCAGCAUUACUUUCUGCGCUCAAAAUUUUGGACCAUUUUCAAAGCUCCAAAGGUGGAGACUACAGCCCGGAGCAAUCUUACAUCUUAGUGGAAUGCAUGAAAUACAUGUCCAGUGCGAGAAGUCGUUUGGGAGAUUUUUCAUCCCAGGGCCAAAUGCCCGAACGUAUCACCAAGGUGCUGGAUACUAAUUGGACCGAAUCAGCUGUCGCGAACAUUCAGGCCAACUUCGAAGACCUCAAAACGAUGGGUAACUGGUCAGCUUACGACCCACUCUAUGAGUUGACGGAGCCUCAUGGCACUACUCACUUUAGUGUAGUUGACCAGUUCAAUAAUGCAGUCUCGCUCACUUCCACUGUGAACUUACUCUUUGGAUCUCUAGUGCACGACCCUGCCACUGGGAUUUUGCUCAACAAUCAGAUGGAUGAUUUUUCGCAACCCCAUCGGUCGAACGCCUUCGGUCUAGCUCCAUCUGUGUACAAUUUUGCCGAACCCGGAAAAAGACCCUUGUCAUCUUCGUCGCCCGUUGUGGUCUUGAACGAACUGGGUAAGCCCGACCUGGUCAUUGGUGCGUCUGGAGGCUCACGAAUCACUCCGAGCAUUUUUCAUGUAAUGGCCAGAUUAUAUUGGUACAACAUGCCUCUUCUCGAGUCCAUAGCGUAUCCAAGAGUUCAUCACCAGUUGCUGCCAGACCAACUCGAGGUCGAAAGUUUCAAAAUGCUUGGCAAGAGCACCGUUCAAUCGCUGCGCGAUAUGGGCCAUACGGUGGUUGAACAACCUCCCAAAAGUGUUGUAAAUGCCAUCAAGCGUGAUAUCGGAGAAUGGCAUGCUGUUAGUGACUUUUGGCGUAAAAGAGGCAUUUCAGUAGCGUAUUAA